UCUCUUAGCAUUUCUCGGUAUCACCUUUUUUUACAUUGGAAAUCACAAUAAUAUUCAAUGUGCUAAUAACUUUGAUCAAUCAACUAUGGAUAACAAUCUUCUUUGCGGGAUACAAGGAGUAUUGCUGAUCCUGACAACAUUCCUUCUUAUCUUAUAUUGUUUCCUUUUAAUCCUACAAUUACACAUCCAAACUGUUUGGAAAUCAAAUUUACUUCAAAGAUAUUAUGUACAUUCACAAGUAUUUGUUUGGGUGGUAUCACUAUUAUUCACCUUCAUACCGGCUGUUACAAAAAAUAUUACAUUCGACUUUGGUGCUGUUUGUUUGGUUUCUGGAAAAGUUUCUAUAGCAAUGUUCUGGACUCCACUGGCCGUUUUUGUCAUACCUUCAUUUUUGAUUCAUAUUAUGACUUUUAUUCAUAUUUCCAGGGCACAAUGGGUGUUAGCGCGCGAUUUUGAAGAUUCAUCCUUAGGAACGAUCAUAACACGAUCAAGCAUCUCUAUGGAUCAUAUCACCGGUCAAGAUGUUUUGAACGUCAUUAAGGUUCAAUGGCGCCCUUUAUUGUUAGCAAUGAUUUUGCUAACUACUUUCAUUAUCUUUAUGAUACAUUCAAUUUUGGCAACACAACAAUUAUACCCAUUUCUAGAAGACUCAGCAGAAACUGUUUCAUGGGUAUCUAAAUGGUUAGCUUGCCUUAUGAAAUAUCAGUUGACAAAUGAUGGUCAAAGUAAAUGUGCAAAUAUUUCAUUAAAACACGUACCGAAUGUUAUGUUUUUGGUUAUAGCGGAAUUAUUAACAGCAUCACUGGGUAUAUCUAUAUUCUUCGUAUUUGGAACUAGUGUUGGUCUUUUGAGGGAAUGGAGAUAUUGGUUUACUAAAACUUUUGGUCGCGUUGAAAAGCAUACUAAUAACCAGUUUGUGUAA